AUGGAUAAUUUAGCUCCCGAUAUACGCUCAGAGCUUGCAUCCAAAAAGUGGUUCGGGUUCGACCUGGACGACACGCUUCAUGAUUUCCGCAAAGCAACUGGUCAGGCCUCGCUCACGGUUUUCGAGGCCAUUCACGACCAGUAUGCGAUUGAUAUCGAUGUCUUGGAGGCCUCGUAUCAAGGAAUUCUACAGAAAUCUACUGCAAAUGCUUUUACAGAUGGAAAAACCUCGACAGAAUAUCGCCGUGACCGCAUUAGCCAUCUUCUCCAGACCCACGGAAUUGACUCCGAUAUUCAGAUCGACAAUUUCCUAGAUAUUUAUAAGUCUUCGUUGGAACGCAACCUCAAUCUCAAAGCUGGUAUUCUCGAUAUUUUGGAUAAGCUUCAGCAGCUCAAUAAGAAAGUGAUUGUCGUGACUGAAGGCCCUGCCGAUGCUCAGGAAUGGACUAUUCAGAAACUAGGCUUACAGCCCUAUGUCGAUAUUUUGGUGACAACAAAUGAGAUUGGAAAAUCAAAGGUAGACGGCAUUUUCCAAGUGAUAUUGGACAAGUAUGGAAUUAAGCGAAGUGACAUCGUUUUUCUUGGUGAUAACGCCGUUCGGGACGUACAGGCAGCACAGAAGGAGAGCAUCCUGGCGAUACUCUACGACGAGGGGCAAGAAAGCCAGUUGGAUGAUUUAAAUUACCUGAGAAUUAAAUCUUGGGAAAUAUUGCACGGUAUUCUUGAAAACUCAGAAUAG